AUGGAGAACCUUCCUCAAGAUAUUGCUGAUAGCAUCAACAAGCUCAGACAGUUUGAUUCCAUGGCUCACAUUCCUGUCUACUAUAGCAUAUGUUUUAAAGGCACCACAAGGCCACAUAAGGAGGGUGAGGUUCCUGGAGUGGACUAUAUUUUCAUCACUGUUGAAGAUUUUAUGGAAUUGGAGAAAAGUGGUGCUCUCCUAGAAAGUGGGACUUAUGAAGACAACUACUACGGUACCCCAAAGCCUCCAGCAGAACCAGCACCAUUGUUACUAAAUGUAACAGACCAGAUACUUCCUGGAGCCACUCCAAGCACUGAAGGAAAACGAAAAAGGAAUAAAUCAGUAAGCAACAUGGAGAAAGCAAGCAUAGAGCCUCCUGAGGAGGAAGAGGAAGAGAGGCCUGUGGUCAAUGGAAAUGGAGUAGUAGUAACACCAGAAUCCAGUGAACAUGAAGACAAGAGUGCAGGUGCCUCAGGGGAGACACCCUCCCAGCCUUAUCCUGCACCAGUGUAUAGUCAGCCCGAGGAGGUGAAGGAACAGAUGGAUGAUGCAAAACCAACUAAACCUGAAGAGCAUGAUGAAUCAGACCCAUUGCCUGAUAACUGGGAAAUGGCCUAUACAGAGAAGGGUGAAGUCUACUUCAUUGACCAUAACACAAAGACAACAUCAUGGCUGGAUCCACGACUUGCGAAAAAGGCUAAACCUCCAGAAGAAUGCAAAGAAAAUGAGCUUCCAUAUGGCUGGGAAAAAAUCGAUGAUCCCAUAUAUGGCACUUAUUAUGUUGACCACAUAAAUAGAAGAACACAGUUUGAAAACCCUGUCCUGGAAGCAAAAAGGAAGCUACAGCAGCAUAACAUGCCCCACACAGAACUUGGAGCAAAGCCCCUGCAGGCCCCAGGUUUCCGAGAAAAACCACUCUUUACCCGGGAUGCAUCCCAGUUGAAGGGAACAUUUCUCAGCACCACACUAAAAAAGAGCAACAUGGGGUUUGGAUUUACCAUCAUUGGUGGAGAUGAGCCUGAUGAGUUUCUGCAGGUGAAAAGCGUGAUUCCCGAUGGGCCUGCAGCUCAGGACGGAAAAAUGGAAACAGGUGAUGUCAUUGUCUAUAUUAAUGAAGUUUGUGUCCUUGGACACACUCAUGCAGAUGUAGUCAAACUUUUCCAGUCUGUUCCUAUUGGUCAGAGUGUCAACUUAGUGUUGUGUCGUGGCUACCCUUUGCCCUUUGAUCCUGAAGAUCCUGCUAACAGCCUGGUGCCACCCCUUGCAAUAAUGGAGAGGCCACCUCCAGUGAUGGUCAAUGGAAGACAUAACUAUGAAACAUAUUUGGAAUACAUUUCUCGGACCUCACAGUCGGUUCCAGAUAUAACAGAUCGGCCGCCUCAUACUUUGCACUCAAUGCCAGCUGAUGGUCAGCUAGAUAGCACGUAUCCACCACCUGUCCAUGACGACAAUGUAUCUAUGGCUUCAUCUGGGGCCACCCAAGCUGAACUUAUGACCUUAACCAUUGUGAAAGGUGCCCAGGGCUUUGGCUUCACCAUUGCAGACAGUCCUACAGGACAGCGGGUGAAACAAAUACUUGACAUUCAGGGAUGCCCUGGCCUGUGUGAAGGCGACCUCAUUGUUGAGAUCAACCAGCAGAAUGUACAGAACCUGAGCCAUACGGAAGUAGUGGAUAUACUUAAGGACUGUCCCAUUGGAAGCGAGACUUCUUUGAUUAUCCAUCGAGGAGGUUUCUUUUCUCCAUGGAAAACUCCAAAGCCUAUAACAGACCGAUGGGAGAAUCAAGGCAGUCCUCAAACGAGUCUAUCUGCUCCGGCCAUACCGCAGAACCUGCCCUUCCCACCCGCCCUUCACAGGAGUUCAUUUCCUGACUCAACAGAGGCCUUUGACCCAAGGAAGCCUGACCCAUAUGAGCUCUACGAGAAAUCUAGAGCCAUUUAUGAAAGUCCGGAUUACAAGGAGCUGGAUGUUCACCUUCGCAGGAUGCAGUCUGGAUUUGGCUUCAGAAUCCUCGGGGGAGAUGAGCCUGGACAGCCUAUUUUGAUUGGAGCUGUCAUUGCCAUGGGAUCAGCCGACAGAGACGGCCGCCUACACCCGGGAGAUGAGCUCGUCUAUGUGGAUGGGAUUCCAGUGGCUGGCAAGACCCACCGCUAUGUCAUCGACCUUAUGCACCAUGCAGCCCGGAACGGGCAGGUCAACCUCACUGUGAGAAGAAAGGUGCUAUGUGGAGGGGAGCCCUGCCCAGAGAACGGGAGGAGUCCAGGCUCCGUGUCGACCCACCACAGCUCUCCUCGCAGCGACUACGCAACCUACACCAACACUCACACCAACAGCAGCGCCUCUCCCCCCGAAGGCUUCGCCUCCCACAGCCUGCAGACCAGCGACGUGGUCAUUCACCGCAAAGAGAACGAGGGUUUCGGCUUUGUCAUCAUCAGCUCCCUGAACAGGCCAGAGUCCGGAUCCACCAUAACUGUGCCACAUAAAAUUGGACGCAUCAUUGAUGGGAGUCCCGCAGAUCGCUGUGCGAAACUAAAAGUGGGAGACCGGAUCUUAGCAGUGAACGGCCAGUCUAUCAUCAACAUGCCUCACGCUGACAUCGUGAAGCUCAUCAAGGAUGCAGGUCUUAGUGUCACCCUUCGCAUCAUUCCCCAGGAGGAGCUCAACAGCCCGGCCUCGGCGCCCAGCUCCGAGAAGCACAGCCCGCUGGCCCAGCAGCACAGCCCACUGGCCCAGCCCAGCCCCGCCACCCCCAACAGUCCUGUCGCCCAGCCAGCUCCUCAGCCGCUUCAGCUGCAGGGACAUGAAAACAGUUACAGGUCAGAAGUAAAAGCAAGGCAAGAUGUGAAACCAGAUAUCCGACAGCCUCCGUUCACGGACUACAGGCAGCCCCCACUGGACUACCGGCAGCCCCCAGGAGGGGACUAUCUGCAAGCCCCGCCCUUGGACUACAGGCAGCCCUCCCCUGACACCAGGCAGUUCCCUCUGUCAGACUACAGGCAGCCCCAGGAUUUUGAUUAUUUCACUGUGGACAUGGAGAAAGGAGCCAAAGGAUUUGGAUUCAGUAUUCGUGGAGGGAGGGAGUACAAAAUGGAUUUGUACGUGUUGAGAUUGGCAGAAGAUGGGCCAGCAAUAAGAAACGGAAGGAUGAGGGUAGGAGAUCAGAUCAUUGAAAUCAAUGGGGAGAGCACCAGAGACAUGACACACGCCAGAGCAAUAGAGCUCAUCAAAUCUGGAGGCAGAAGAGUCAGGCUACUGCUGAAGCGCGGGACGGGGCAGGUCCCAGAGUAUGACGAUUCCAGCUCCUGGAGUUCUCCCGCUGCUGCCUCCCCAGGUCUGCCGGAAGUAGGCGCCUCCCUCGAGGACGUCCUCUCUCCAUUCUCUCCAUCACAUCCAGCCCCACCAUCCGACCCUAACAACCAGAUAAGCCCAGACCCAACUUGGGAUAUCAAAAGGGAACACGACGUUAGGAAACCAAAGGAGCUUUCAGCCGGCAGCCAGAAGAAGCAGCGCCUCGGGGAGCAGAGUGAGCUUUCGGCAAGCCCGCAGCGGGCGGUGCAGCCGAGGCUCGCGGAGGUGCCUGGUGGCCAGGGGCAGCCUGAGGCCAGCAGGCCCUCCUCAGAGGCCAGGGCACCCGGGCCCACAGCAGUGGACGCAGCGCGGGCCAGCAGCAAGGAGGGGCUGCAUGCGGCAGUGGGCCCCGAGCUCGGCCGGUGUGAAGGCCCCGGAGUGGCACCUGCGUUCGUGGGCCCAGGCCGCGGCACGGGUGUGCGGGAGGCCGAGGGCAGGGCAGGCACACGUGCGGGGCCCAGGCAGGGCACGCGGCCCCCGGGGGGAACCCCUGUGCGCAAGGCUGCUGUUGCGCCAGGGCCCUGGAAGGUGCCAGGCUCCGACAAGCUGCCGGGCAUCCUCAAACCCGGCGCCUCGGCCGCAGGCAGAUGAGCCCACUGCCCCGCCUCAAUACCUGCAGGCCAUUCUUCUUAGGUUCCGUCUCAUGGUGUUUUAAUUUAUUUUCACUGUCACGUGCAUAAAUCCACGAGGCACCAAGGCUUGGGAGCACCGACAUGAAGUCCCACGUGUCAACAAGCAUGGUCCAUAUGGCAUCCACGGCAGACCCAAACUGAUCCUGAAGCUCCCAGUUCCACUGCGGGGGCUUUGGCAGCUAUGGAAGAACCAAAAUAACGUGAAGAACAUCACAGAGAGUGCAGUGUAGCUUUAGUAAAACAAGAAAAAGAACAAAAUUCCCCCACUGCAUGAAGGAUUUGGAUGUCAUCCAAACUUUAUAUCAAGAAACAUAUCAAGAAACUGGACAAGUUAAGAGCAAUCACAAACUGGAAUAUCGCCUUAAAAAUCAAACUGCACGGAGCAAGCUGAAACUGAGACAAGAUUAUAUCUUUUAAUCUGAAGAGUUGUAAAUAAAUUGUUCUGGACAUAUCUA